CAAAACCAACCCAAGGCGGCUCCGCGCUAAGUAGAUGGAGGCGCCGCUGGAUCGCAGCCGCGCGCCGCUCGGCCCCAGGCUGCGCGCCGGCGGGAGCGGGGCUCUGAGCUGAGCGCUGCCUAGCGCGGAGCGGAGCAGGGCGCGGUGCCCGCCAGCUGACGCCCCGCGCCCGGCUUGGGGAGCUGCAACGCGGGGGGCAGCGGCUGCCUCCGGGCUGGGACGGAGCAUGCUCAGAGCGCUCGGGCAGGCUGCUGAUGGGGAGCCGCAUGUGAGAUUACAGCGGAGCAAGCGGGCAGCUGCUACUUCGCGCCGGGCUCGCUCCGGCGCGGGGCGAACGGAGGAGGCGCCGCGGCGGAGCAGGGGCCAGCGAGCGAGGGGCACGGCUGGGUCCCACCUGCACCGGGAGAGCGGUAACCUGCACCCCUGGGCGUCUCCGCUGCCCGGAUUACAGGAGCAGGGGGAACGGCCGUGCCGGGGCUCGGCCAUGUGCCUGGGCACUUAGCAAGCAGGCAAGCCGGGGGAGGGGCAGGAUAUUUUGUUUGGGGGCCGGAGCGGAGCCCCACUCUCCAGCUGGCUGUGGUAGAAGGAAGCAGCCUCCUCUCCGCCGGUGGGGAUGAAGGUGGCAACUUGGAGAGACAGCCCUUGGUCUCUGGGGCUGGGAGGCUGAGCGUCUGGGCUGUACAGGACAAGCCUCCCUCCCCCCCACAUACAUACACUUCCACCAUGGAUCUGCUGAUGCUGAUGAACAUCAGUGUUGGCACUCCCAAUGGAUCCAUUGCCUUCCCCUCCUCUUCCUCCUCUCCCCUGCUGCAGCCUCCCUCCCCCUACUCCCCCGGGGCUGUGGCCAGUUUGGCAGCUGUGGUGGGUUUCCUGAUCGUCUUCACCAUUGUGGGCAACGUGCUGGUGGUGAUUGCGGUGCUGACCAGCAAGGCGCUGCGGGCUCCCCAGAACCUCUUCCUGGUGUCCCUGGCCACAGCUGACAUCCUGGUGGCCACCUUGGUCAUGCCUUUCUCCUUGGCCAACGAGAUCAUGGACUACUGGUACUUCGGCAAAGCGUGGUGCAACAUUUACCUGGCGCUGGACGUGCUGUUUUGCACUUCUUCCAUUGUGCACUUGUGUGCCAUCAGCCUGGACAGGUAUUGGUCUGUCACCCAGGCGGUGGAAUACAACCUCAAACGGACCCCACGGAGGAUCAAGGGCAUCAUCCUCACUGUCUGGCUCAUCUCAGCCGUUAUCUCCUUCCCCCCCUUGAUCUCCGUGUAUCGGGACCCCGAAGGGGACCUCUUCCCCCAGUGUAAACUCAAUGACGAGACCUGGUACAUCCUCUCUUCCUGCAUCGGCUCCUUUUUCGCUCCCUGCGUGAUCAUGGUGCUGGUCUAUGUCCGCAUCUACCGGGUGGCCAAGCUGAGGACCAGGACCCUUUCUGAAAAGCGCACGAUGCCCGAGGGCUCUUCCAUAUCUGAGAAUGGGCUGAGCCGGGCCCCUCGGGGCUGCACAUCACUGAGGAUGCCAUCAGGGGAGAAUGGACAUUACUCAGCACACCAGUGGCGCAAAGCCUCCGAACUGGAGGACAUUGAGCUGGAGGAGAGCAGCACCUCAGAGAGCAGGCGGAGGCGGAGCCGGGAUGAGCAUCCCCGCAAAAGCAGUAAGACCCAGUCCUUCUCAUAUUCCUACUCCUCCAAGCACUCCAGCAGCCGCCUCUCCCGCUCCAGCAAUCGCUCCAUGGAGCUCUUCUCCUCUCACCGCCGCAGAAAGCGUAGUAGUGUUUGCCGUAAGAAGGUCACCCAGGCCCGGGAGAAGCGCUUCACCUUUGUAUUGGCUGUGGUCAUGGGGGUCUUUGUGGUGUGCUGGUUCCCCUUCUUCUUCAGCUACAGCCUUUAUGGCAUUUGCCGGGAGGCAUGUGAAAUCCCCGAGACUCUCUUCAAGUUCUUCUUCUGGAUUGGGUAUUGCAAUAGUUCCCUCAACCCAGUCAUCUACACAAUCUUCAACCAGGACUUCCGCAGGUCUUUCAAACACAUCCUCUUCAAGAAGAAGAAGAAGAAUUUUCUGCACUGAGCUGGAGUGGAGAGGAGGGGUCUUCACUCAGCUGGAAAGGAGAGGAGAGGGGCCUGGGUGCUGGAGUAGUGCCAGGGUAGUGAAGAAGUGGGGGAUGUGGGUAAGGAGGUGAGUUUACAGCCAUGGGAAUUGAGUGAAGUGGGUGUUAAGGGGCUGUGCUGGAGUAAGGAGGGAUAAGUGAAGGAGGGAGGCGACCUGAAUUUGCAUUUUGACCUUGGAGGGGAACCAUAAAGAAGAGGGUGGGACACUAUGUUUUGAGCAUGAUGACCACUGAAAAGAAGUUCUCUAGAAGCCAAGCAAAGAUGGGGAGAGGGAGAGAAUGACUGAUGGUGGAGUGUGAGAUUUGGUUAUUUAUUGUCAAUUAGAGAAGCUAGGACUUGUGCUGGAUUCAUCCCAGAGAGAAACCAGGUUUUACUGGUGAAGUGAGGGAAAAGGGGGGAAGAUGAUGCCAAUUUAUAGCCACUGACUAUCUUUGAUAUUCUGAAAGAAUUUAACUGUUUGCCAAAAAAAAUCUAAAGAACAAUCCAAACUUUUUUCUAAAUAAACCUUUGUACUCGAAACCCUUCUGAAUUGUGGUUUUGCAUAGGACUUAAGUGAAAAUGGGCACUUGGGGCUUUCUGCCUUCUAGUAGCCCUUCCAUAUGCCCCCGAGAGUUUCUCUUCCUCUCUUAGUACCCCUCAAAGGGGAUAGUCUCAGGGACUGAAUUUGGGUUCUGGUGGUGUUCUCACGUACAAUUAGAGGCAUAGUGUUGUGUAGUUGUUCGAAGCAAUCACCAUACCACACAUGUUUAAAAUUCUUCACAAUUUCCUUCACAUUUACAUUCUUAGGGCAAAUUAAAACUAAUAGAUUUAUUUUUUUAAAUGAAAAACAAGUGCAGCAGAUUCUCACGAACAUACAAGAACAAAUUUCUAAUAGAUGGGGAAGUGUUCCAGUUCUAUAAUAUUAAUCUCUUUUUUUCUAUUUGCACACACAGUUUUAAGUCCAAAUUUUGUUUUUUUGAGCAAUGAUUAAAACAAAUUCUCCCUCUCUCCCACCCCCGGAGAUUGAAAUCCCAUAAUUGCUAAUGGGUGGGAUGAGAAUCAGGGUGGCAUCUGUGUCUUCAUCAACAGAGAAUACGUUUCCAACUGGCUGCAAGACUUAGCCAACAUUUAAAGAAUCAAACAGUCCCUCUCCAACUACACUGCUGCAAGGUGUGAGGGAAGAAAUGCUGUUCUGUCUUAUUAUGCAUGUAAUUUCUUUCAUAGGCAGUAAGAUUUGGCAUCUGUCACAUAAACCUUUCCCUAGUAAACAACUCUUUGAAAUGGAAGGAGAUCUAAUGUAAUACGACAGGCACCUUGAAGCAUCCAAAUCAAAUCUAUAGCUUUAGCUGACUAGAUAUCCAAUUCCUUCCCUUUGCUGUGUUACAGGAAGGAAAGUGUCAACAGAUCCCCUUCUCUUGGGAUCCAUAUGUCAGCAGUAGAAAUGAUAAACCAGGAACUUAGGCUGUUUUAUCUUCUCUCCAUUAUUACUGCUCAGUCCACUUAGAGUAGCCCUGGGCAUAGAGCCAAGUAGACCUUCAGUGGUUUAGGCUUAGGUGUUUAUUUAACAGACUAUUUUCCUUCAGGGCCAACUCAAAUAGCAGUUUUGCCUAAGUAAAGACUACAGCAUUUGGCCCAUUUUGAGUUUGGAUGGUUUAGCUAUUGCCUUUCAGAGACAACAAGGAGUCAAGUGAUGAAAAGACUCAAAUGUGGUUUAAAUUUUCAUACUCUUGAAAGAAGAGGCAGUAAGGCUUGUUUUGGAGGUGUGCCCCACCUUUGCAAAUUACUGAUGGUUAGAUGAUCGCAGCCCUUUUGAUGCAGUGCACAAACAAGGCUGCUAAUAUUAGAAAAUAAUAGAAGUGGCUGAGAUGAGAAAAAUAUAAACCAUUUUCCCUUCUGUGAAAUGCAGAAUUCAUUUCAAAAUGGCAUGAAGGGGAGGUGAAAUGAGCUCAGGUAGUUUGAGGGCAGCAUGCGAUGGUACUGUGGGGCUAAAUAAGUCAAUAAACUAUAUAAUUGUCGGAGCAACCAAAGCAACACAUGCUAAAUGUACUACUUCAGAGAUGGUGGACAGCUUCAUUAAAAUAUCCAUUCUCACCACCAGAAAGGUUUGUAUUUGUCACUGGGGGUUCAGGUUGGAGUGGCUUCCCACUCUGCAGACACACAUUUCUCUGUCAUACUCCACAUUUUAAAAUCAGAUUGGCAUGUGGUAAACAGUCAUUUUCCUGUGUUUUUCUUUGUAAAAACAGAUGGUGUCUGUGAAAGAGAAAAGACUAUUGACAGUUAAAUUUGAAUGAGGGUGAAAUACGGAUUGCACAGAUGACAUAUGCCUUAAAAGUAAUUUCUUUGCCAUAAAAUCAUUUUUAAUUGCUUGGAACAUGAAACAAA